AAGAUGGACAAACUUCUUCUGCUCAUCAUGGCUGCAUCAGGGCUGAGUGCUGUCUCAUCAGCUGCUGGACUUCAGUACUAUUUUGUUUAUGACAGGAAGAACUUUACUGAAGCCCAAAGAUACUGCAGAGAGAAACACACAGACCUGGUCACUGUAGACAGCAUGGAGGUUAUGAAUAACCUGACCAACAUGGCAGAUUUAGACAACAUGUUCUACUCCAACAACAGCUACAGAGCCUGGAUAGGACUGUCUGGUAGCAGCUGGAGGUGGUCUCUGUCAGACCCAAGUUUCUACAAACCCGGGGAGACGGACUUCAGACAAUGGUACCCUGGACGACCAAACGCUGCAUACAGUAGAAAAGUCUGCAGGGAUGCUUUCUAA